AUGUCCAUCCGAGGCAUCUUUCAACUCUCGAAACUCACAUUCGUGCACUGCCCGCACACGGGAACUUCCAAAGGGAUAAACCAAUUCCUCGUGAACGCGUUGCCUUCGUUACGCAUACAAACGGAAGAAAGAAGAGGCGAAGAGCAUAAAAACGUGUUCGAAAUUCAACAGAGGAAAGGAAAAGACCCGUAUUUACGCGCGAUGUUCGUAAACAAACGCGAGAAAACGAUCGGGGUGAAGAAUAAAACGGAGGAGGAAAUUGCGAUUUUGGUCGAAAACGUGAUGAGCGAGAAAGGGCGCGCGGUGAAGAAAAUACCGAGGCGAGUGAUGCGGACGAGGAUAUCGAGCGUGCAAGGAACGUGGCAACCACAAGGAGCAUCGACAUCUUCGAGUAGCACGUAG